AUGGACGACGCCAACAUCCCCUCCCUCCUCUCCCUUCCGCUUCUGGGCUUCAUUGAACAGGAUGACCCGAUCUACCUCGCCACCCGCCGCAAAAUCCUCUCCGCGAAGACGAACCCGUACUUCCUCAACGGACCGAAAUUCUCCGGCAUAGGCGGACCUCACCAGGGACUGAAGAAUGCAUGGCCCAUGAGCGUCCUCGUGCAAGCCUUAACAACCGAUGAUGAGGCGGAGAUUAUAGAAUGCUUGGAGCGGGUAAAGAACGUCAGCGUCUUUGGGCUGAUCAACGAAAGUGUGAAUGUUGAGACGGGAGUGGAUGUGCAUUCUGGCGAUGGGAUGACGAGGCCGUGGUUCGCAUGGGCGAAUAGUGUGUUUGCGGAGGUGGUGUUGACUUUGGCGGAGAAGAGGCCUGGGUUGAUCUUUGGGAGGAAAGGGAGGUAUGUGGUUGGGGAAGGAUGGAUUGAGUAG